AAUGCAGUGACCUAUAAUGAUGUGCAUGUGGACAUCACUCAGGAAGAAUGGGCAUUGAUGGAUCCUUCACAGAAGAAUCUCUACAAAGAUGUGAUGGUGGAGACCUAUAUGAACCUCACAGAUAUAGGUUACAAUUGGGAUGAUCUUGAAGUUGAAGAACAUUGCCAUAGUUCUCAAAAACAUGGAAGGCAUGAAAGAAGUCAUACUACAGAGAAAUCACAUGAAUAUACUGAUUGUGGUAAAGACUUUGUAUGUAGUCAUCCUCAAAGGCAUGAAAAAACACAUACUGGAGAGAAACUCUGUGAAUAUAAUCAAUGUGGUAAAACCUUUACACAGCCCAGGCAUCUUGGAGUACAUAAAAGAACACAUACUCGUGGGAAACCCUAUGAACGUAAUCAUUGUGGUAAAGCCUUUGCACGAGACAGUGCUCUUCAAUUGCAUGAAAGAACACAUACGGGAGAAAAACCCUAUGUGGUAAAGCCUUUGCUCAAAACAAUACUCUUCAAAAGCAUAAAAGAACACACACUGGAGAGAAACCCUAUGAAUGUAAUCAGUGUGGUAAAACAUUUGCACAGUCCAGUCAUCUUCAAGUACAUAAAAGAACACAUACUGAAGAGAAACCCUAUUAAUGUAAUCAGCGUGGUAAAGCCUUUUCUCGUCACAAUCGUCUUCAGUUCCAUGAAAGAACACACAUGAGAGAAAAGCCCUAUGAAUGAAAACAAUGUGGCAAAGCUUUUGCAUGUCAUAGUGAUCUUCAAAAGUAUAAAAGAACACAUACUGGAGAGAAACCUUAUGAAUUUAAUCAAUGUGAUAGACCCUUUUGCACAGCCCCAUAAUCUUCAAGUGCAUAGAAGAACACAUACAGGAGAGAUACCCUAUGAAUGUAAUCAAUGUGGUAAAGCCUUUGCUCAAAAUUGUGUUCUUCAAAGGCAUGAAAGAACACACACUGGAGAGAAACCCUAUGAUUGUAAUCAGUGUGGGAAAGCCUUUGUUCGUCUUAGUGCUUCUCAAUUGCAUGAAAGAAUAUAUAACUGAGGGAAACCCUAUGAAUAUAAACAGUGUGGU